AUGAUUCAUCCUCAAGCAGCACUUUAUCACGAAUGCUGCUCUGAAGAGCUAUGUAUGACAGCUAAGAAGCCAAAGAUUGACGAAUCUGAGUUAGACGAUUCGGUGAAUAGUUUCGAAAGAAUACCCGUUGAAUCUGAUGAAGAUGUAAUGGGAACUACAGAGAAUGAUUCUAUCUUCGAUGAUGUGUUAAUGCUGCUUGCUGAUAAGGAGUCUGAUUCCAGGAGUAAUGAGACAUUGUCGAUGUCAGACAGUGCCACUGAGCAGAUGAAUGUUCAAGCGACGCAGAAACUCAAGAUGACUGUGACUUAUAUCAGCAAUUUCGUCCACAUGAUUAGUCACGUAGUUGUCGCAAACCAAUCGACUUUUACAAGCUAUAAUUGA